CGAGUGCCUCCCGUCCAAAGCCUUCUCUCAUUUCCUCGCCAGCAGAAUCCAGAAAAAAUAUCAGUCAAGCUCUCUAAGCCCCUGCUGCUUUUACGCGGUAGAGUAGAAAUAGACGACGGGCUCAGUCUCUUCAAGCCAAACACCAGUUCUCCUCCAUGCACUGAAUCCUAACCCUAAUCCUAAUCCCAACCAAUCCUUUCGCAAUCUCUCUCUCUCUCUCACUCACAUCACAAGCCAUGGGUGGAAAUGGGAAGCGCAGGUGGAAAAUCUCCUUUUAUUCUCGCUCAAAACCUACACAAACCCAACAUCAACAACAACAACCUCCUAAAGAAUUCAUUUGCCCCAUUUCUGGAUCCUUAAUGUUUGACCCCGUUGUUGUCUCCUCUGGCCAAACCUUCGAGCGGCUCUCCGUCCAAGUUUGUCACGAUUUAGGCUUUAUCCCCACCCUCCAAGACAACUCCCUUCCUGAUUUCACCAACGUAAUCCCCAAUUUAGCUAUCAAAACAACGAUUCAAAACUGGUGUGAUUCUUCAGGCACCCAACACCCUCCCGCACCGGAUUACUCCUCCCUCGAGGAAAUUAUCCGUGAGAAAAUGAAAUUCUCGUCCCCUUCAGCAUCAUCGUUAUCCAAGUCGAUGCAGUUAAGUCCAGAUAUUAGAGUUUCCGAGAGGGAGUUGCUCAAAGCAGUAGCUGAAAACCCUCCGGUUUUGUUUUCCCAUGCCAACACUGAGUUGCCUCACCGAGUCGACCAUUUCUACUCCAGCUCCUCCGAGGAAUCUGUAAUUGUCAACACAGCCGCCACUCCGUCAGCGAGUCCACUCACUCCUUUGCCUCUCGCGACUCGGCCAGCGUGUUAUUCUUCCACUUCAUCGUCGUCCAAUUCGAUUGCGGAAUCCGAAACCCUAACCGUAACCGAAAAUCCUAAAUUGUCGCGUGAAGAAGAUGAGAUAGUGGAAAAGCUUAAGAGUCUUGAUGUACGCGAUCAAGAACAAGGUCUGAUUUCGCUACGAAAGAUCACGAGAACGAAAGAGGAAACCAGAGUUUCACUUUGUACGCCUCGAUUACUCUCUGCUCUUCGUACUUUAUUUCCGUCACGAUAUUUUUCUGUCCAAACAAAUGCCAUUGCUUCACUUGUUAAUUUGUCGUUAGAGAAAGUAAAUAAGGUGAAAAUUGUGCGGUCUGGUUUUAUUCCUCUAUUGAUUGAUGUGUUGAAAGGGGGAUUUGAUGAAGCGCAAGAGCACGCGGCUGGUGCUUUAUUUAGUUUAGCUUUAGAGGAUGAGAAUAAAAUGGCAAUUGGUGUUUUAGGUGCGUUGCAGCCGUUGAUGCACAUGUUGAGGGCAGAGAGUGAGAGAGCUCGCCAUGAUUCCUCAUUGGCCUUGUAUCAUUUGAGUUUAAUACAGAGCAAUCGGGUUAAGUUGGUGAAACUUGGGGCUGUUUCGAUGUUGUUGAGUAUGGUGAAAUCGGGUGAUCUGGCGAGUAGGUUGCUGCUUGUGUUGUGUAAUUUGGCUGCUUGUAAUGAAGGGAGGUCGGCCAUGCUUGAUGCUAAUGCGGUGGCAAUAUUGGUGGGGAUAUUGAGGGAGGGUGGUGGAGGGGAUUCAGAGGUGAUUCGGGAGAAUUGUGUGGCUGCAUUGUUUGCGUUGAGUCAUGGGAGUAUGAGGUUUAAGGGAUUGGCCAAGGAGGCAAGAGCUGUGGAGGUGUUGAGGGAGAUUGAAGAGCGAGGGAGUAAUAGAGCAAGAGAGAAAGCUAAGAGGAUUUUGAUGAUGAUGAGAGGGAGAGACGAGGAGGACGAGGACAUUUGUUGGGAAGAGGUUUUGGAAUCAGGUGGAAUCAGUCGGACUCGGUACCGAGCUGGUGGCAGAAAUUUGCCUGGGCCAAACUCCACUAAUUUUUGAUUUUUGUAGAGUCUCUUUCAUUAUUUAUUGUCUUUUGUUUAUUGAUACAUCUUUGUGGGUGUGAAGGUGGGAAUAUGUUUUAUGCCCCUUUCUUUCUCUUAUUGUUGUUGAGUUCGAUUGAUGGUAAUCAAAGCUGUAAUAUAUUUGGAAUGUGUUGGAUAUGUACAUGAAUAGCUAGGAUUUGGAAUAGAGAUUAGAAACAAAAUUUGGAUUUA